GAGCGCUUCAUAUUCAGCAGCAGCAAAGGGGGAGAGGUAGCAGUGGCAGUUGCCCCCACGCAACAGCAACUCAGAUGGCGGGCGGCGACCGCGGCUCCUCCGACGCGGAGGCGGAGCUCCGGCGGGGCUUCGAGACCCUCGCCGUAUCGCAGCCGGACCCUGCGGCUGCGGUCUACGAGGUCCGCCUCAACCGCCCGGCGCAGCGCAACGCGCUCAGCCCGGCGGCCUUCGCGGAGAUCCCGCGCACCAUGUCCCUCCUCGACCGCCUCCCCACCGCGCGCGCCGUCGUGCUCUCCGCCGCGGGGCCCCACUUCUGCGCGGGCAUCGAGCUGGGCGGGCCUGGGAACCCGCUCACCGCGUCCUCGUCCGGGGGCUCCGACCCCGUGGCCGCCGCCGAGGGGCUCCGCCGCGCGAUCCUCGAGAUGCAGGAAGCGCUCACGGCGAUCGAGCGGUGCCGGAAGCCCGUCAUCGCGGCGGUGCACGGCGCCUGCGUCGGCGGCGGCGUCGACGUCGUCGCGGCAUGCGACAUCCGGUGCUGCUCCAGGGACGCCACGUUCGUGCUCAAGGAGGUGGACAUGGCCAUCGUCGCCGACCUCGGCGCGCUGCAGCGCCUGCCGCGGAUCGUCGGCUACGGCAACGCCGCCGACCUCGCGCUCACGGGACGCAAGAUCACCGCCAUGGAGGCCAAGGAGAUGGGGCUCGUCAGCAGGGUGUUCGAUUCCAAGAAAGAGUUGGAUGCCGGCGUUGCAAAGAUCGCCAAAGAGAUAGCUGAGAAGUCGGCAUGGGCAGUGAUGGGAACCAAGGCUGUUUUGCUGAGAAGCAGGGAUGUGACUGUAGAACAAGGCCUGGAGCAUGUCGCCACAUGGAACGCGGCAAUGCUGAGAUCUAACGAUCUGAAGGAGGCCAUCAGAGCCUUCCUGGAGAAGCGGAAGCCUGUGUUCUCAAAGCUGUAAUGAUCAGAUACUAUUACCUCUAUAUGCAUAAGGAAGUGAAAAGAAUAAAGUGGGGUGUCAGAAGUAGACAGGAAGUAGAAGUACCAUCUGUGGUUGCAAUUGGCGAAACAUCCAUCCUUGUCGGGGAUCAAGUCGAACCGAAGUUGUUUUGGUUGAUUUACGUCAGAUGAUCCCAGGAUGUUCCUGUUCUGUUGCCUGUUCCAGCUCGUACACAGUGUCAUUUCUUCGGCAUCAUAUACGAUAUAGUUUUUUUUUU